AUGGGCACGGAUGACCUCAACACGUUGUUGUCAGUCGAAUUUGAAGUAUUCGGACAAGUGCAAGGUUGCUUCUUCACGAAAUACUGUAAGGACCUGGCGUUGCAGCUUGGCAUCAGCGGUUGGGUGAAGAACACGAAAAAGGGCACGAUAGUGGGUAAGCUGCAGGGGAGGAAAGCGGAAUUAGAUCACAUGAUCGAAUGGCUCAGCAACACUGGCUCGCCUGGCUGCAAGAUAGAGAGGUGCGAACUAUCCAACUGGGUGUAUCUGACGCGUUUCGACUACAAUGACUUCAGCAUACGUUUU